UAAAAUGCUAUUGUAGACUCAGAUAAUUAUCAUGAAUGUUCUACGUAUCAUAGUUAUUCUUUGUCAAAUAAUUUUGUUUGUCAACUCGUUUUCAAAGUUUUCGGAUUUCCAACAAUGGUGUUACGUCGGAUCUAAUUGGCUACCGUACAAUCCUUCGACAUCUACAUGUUUUACCUGUCAGGGAAAUUCAAUUCUUCGAGAUAACAGCAAAGAAAAUGAGAAGUUGGUUUGCUGUGAUACUGGUGCAGAAAAUAUAACAACAACGAGGAAGGAGUGUCAAUAUUGGCCUCGAGGUAGAAUUGGGAGAGCUUGUGCAAAUGAAAACUACUAUCUAGAGACCGAAGAAUGCGAUGGAUAUAACCAUUGUGGAGAUGGAUCCGAUGAAAAACUAUGUGUUGAGUGCCCUAAUGAUUUUCGAUGUGCCAAUAAAGUUCAAUGUUUUGGAACGGAGAAGGUUUGUGAUGGUCACAAAGAUUGUGCUGAUGCAUCGGACGAACUAAACUGCCUCACUCACAUUGGGAGAUGUGAGGGCUUUCGCUGUACAGCAUUUAUGGAAUGUAUAGAAAAAGAAAGAGUUUGUGACGGCAAAAAAGAUUGCUUGGAUGGUGGGGAUGAAAUUGGCUGUGUAGUACAAAACCCGGAUUCAUUUUUUUGCGACAACAAUUCCACUAUUGCUAAAACUGGUAUUUGUGAUGGACAACGUGAUUGCUUCAAUGGCGUUGAUGAGACAAACUGUUUCACUUGGUCACCAUGGGCUUUAUGGUCAACUUGCAGAUGUUCAGAGCAUCCAUCAACACAAUACAGAAAUAGGACUUGUAUUGACGCUAGAUUUGUUAUCUCACCAGAAAAGUGCGGAUUAGCAAACAUAAACGAAAGUCAAAUUUGUUCUUGCCCUUCAGAACCACCGACUUCUACAACAUCAGAUUCGCCAGAAGUUCUCGAGACUCAGUGGAUUAUAAUCAUUGCCUUGGCAUCAGCCAUCUUUUUCUUGUCCGCCAUUGGAAUUAUAUAUGGAGCUUGGUAUAGUAAGCAAGCAAAAAUUGCAAUAGAAAAGCAGGCAGAAGUUGUGGCCAAUAUCUAUAACCAAUCAACCAUGUCUCUUUCCCCGAUGCCGGCAACUGCAACUUCUUCAGGGGGAUUCCCUUUUCCGAAAGUGACCGCUAGUGGCAGCAUACCCAACUCAAAUACAGAACACAACCCCGAUCUUUCUCGAAUGAGAACGCUACGAGGCAAUCUACCUUUGCCAGUAACUCCACUAGAAGCUAUGACCAACCACGCCUACCAAAGUAUCGAAGACUUGCGUCUCGAGAUAUCAAUUGAUCCUUACGCACAGAGCAACGUGAACGACUCUAGUCUACAGCGCAUAGAAGAGGCCAAUUUCUCAGAACGUGAUGAUGUGAGCAAUGUAACCGUAGUAGAAACUUAUAGCACUUCUGGAAUAAGCUCGAAUGAACCAGAGCAAUACUUGAAAACACCUCCUCCAGCUCCUUCAGAAGGAAGAACCUUUGACAAAGAUGGUUAUCUUGUACCAACAUCAUAUUCAAAGAAAUAUGGAACUAAUAAAAGGGGCAGCGGGGCUGACGGUAAAGGAGGUACUACCUAUGCUGUCACAACGAAGCGACCAGAUAAACCCAAGCGUUUACUGCACAGAAGUCAGAUUCUGGGAUCGACACCAGAAGUUAGUUCGGAAACAGAAUUAAAUGAACAAUACGCCACAAUGAGAUCCUGUAGUGCUGACGGUAUUUUCAACACUCGCCCGAAGACCACAAUUUUUCGUGACAAGAUUGGUCAAAGCUCUAUGUCACCCGCACAUCUUAAUUCAAUCACCACAUCGCAAUCUAGGAGGCGUGCAAAAUCCCUGGAAAAUUCGACGGACCAGGUAUCUUUUAAAAAACUAUCUGCAACUGAAACAAAAGAAGAACAAGAUAUGUAUUCAUCAAUGUCUACACCCUCGCUUGAGACAUAUCCAUCUACCACCAUCGAGAGGGUCAUGUCACAGGAUCAACUUGACUCAAACAUAGGUUCACAAAGAGAUCCAACUGAGAUAAUACAAAAAGAAGAUUCUUUAGAUGUUGAAGAUGUACAAGAAAAUGAAAGAGCACAUAAGAAUGAUAUAUCGGGAAGAUGCAAUGAAAAAAUAAUUACUGACAAUGAUACAACUUGUGCGAUCGUCGAUGAAUAGCAACUUCAGAACAUAACGCACAAAAACACUCUCAACUUACUCCAAAUAUGUUAACACUGCGAUUAAUAUAUAUAUAUAUAUAUAUACAAUGAUUUUCAAAACCUUUUCAUGUAAUUUUAGCGCUUUGUCUCAGCAUGUGGUUUUUGAGUUU